AUGACGGCGCCGUCCUAUGAACUUUCAAAGUUCGUAGGAAGAAUUAUUCAAAAUUCCAUGGAUAGUGCAUACAACAUAAAAGAUUCCUUCGAGUUUUGCGAUUUCAUCAACACUGUCACGUUACCUGUUGGAUAUUCGUUGAUUUCAUUGGAUGUGGUUUCAUUGUUCACAUGCAUUCCAAAGGAACUAGUAUGCCAUGACGUAAUUUGUUACUGGGACAAAAUAAGACCAAACGCUAAGAACAUUUGCUUGGACCUGUUUCUGGAGCUGGUUGAAUUUUGCAUCGACGCUAGUUUCUUAAAAUUUGAUGGACGGUACCACCAACAGGUCUUCGGAACAGCUAUGGGCAACCCUUUAUCGCCAAUUGUAGCGGAGCUUGUCACAAAGGUAUUGCUUGAUUGCGUACUCAAACAGCUUAAAAUCAAAGUGCCGUUCAUCAAAAAAUAUGUCGACGAUUUAGUCACUGCCAUUCCACUCGAUCAGCUUGACUACGUGCUCAAGAUUUUUAAUAGCUUCAACCCUAACAUCCAGUUUACCUGUGAAACAGAGAAAAACAACCGGUUACCUUUCCUUGACAUGCUACUUGUCAGACACGAUGAUCAACAUAUAUCGACGGAAUGGUACCAAAAACCGAUUGCAAGUGGCCGUUUUCUAAACUAUUUUUCGGCGCAUCCACCUCACCAAAAAAUAAACAUGGCCAUCAAUUUUAUUAGUAGAGUGAACAGGUUGUCCACCGGCUUAUCGGAGUCUGCAAAAGUCAACAUAAUGGACCAACAUUUGAAGCUGAACGACUACCCUAAGACACUGCGACAUCGCCUGAUCAACCAGAGAAACUGUAGGAGUACCGAGCAACAUAGUUCCAACCAAUCGCCGAGUGAACACCUGGAAUACACUUACCGGUCAAUAGCAUACAUUCCGUAUCUCACCGAUAAGAUCAGUAAGUUCCUGAAAAACGAUUACAAAACAGUUGAGUUAGCCACACGAAAGACAAACAUGGCCAAACAAUAUUAUACACAAACAAAAGAUAAAAUAGCAAAAGACGACCACACCAAUGUUAUUUAUAGUAUUUCAUACAACGACUGCAGUUCACAAUAUAUUGGCAUGACUACAAAUAAGUUAAAAACACGAAUUAGCGGACACAGAUCGAACUUGAAUGCGCUGCAGAAACUUGUUGACAACGGCACCGACAUAGAAGAUCCACAAUCCGCAACACUAAGUGAAAAGACAGCACUCUUGCACCACUGUAUUAGAACCCAACACACAUUUGAUCUUAACAAUGUUAAAAUACUCAACCAACACAGAAAACACAACAGCACUACCGAUUUUGGAAAUAUGCCACAUAGCAACGAACAACAAUACAGUUAA